GUAGGAUGAUAUUUGGGAAAAGCUCAGUGUCAUCGGGAAACGGCCCUUUACCCAUUGCACUGAGGUCAGCAUUUCAACUCUCAGUUGCUUGUAGCCUACGGUAAUUUACACCAACAGUGCCGCAGUCGAGGUAGUAUUGGAGGUUUAGCCUACGUUGAUUUUUGCUUGACGAAUGCGGACUGUAUAAUUUCAGCAGGGCAAUCGUUAUUUUCCAGCGGGAACUUUGCUGCUGGCUCUUUAAAAGGAGUUUGAUGUAGCAUCGGCCGAUUACGCGGACUUCAAACCCCGCCUUUACGAAAUGGACAUCGAGUCAUACCGGUAGCACACUACUGAUCUCAGUAGUCUAAUCAGAUUGUUUUUUGGAAGGUGUCUUGUUCAGGAAUUUUGGAGGAAGGUCCCAUGCUGAAUUGAGAUGUGCUUAAGUGCUCAAAUGGAAUAAUGUGAGCGGUCUUCCGGGUCCAUGGACAACCUUUUUGCGCUGCCGUCUUAUUUCGGUCUGCUGUGUUCUAUCCAACACCGUGGGAUUUUGGACUGGAUACCCUGCCAAAGUUCAACCUGAUACCACCAAUGGCCAGUACACAACGUAUCGACCUCAUUUUUCUUUGACAGUUAUGUUUUUUACGGAAUACUCGAGUGGUUGUCUUUAUGUGACACACCCUUUCACUUCUGAAGUAAUUUGUUUUUGCUUAUUAAAAUGAAACAAGAUUGACUUGCUGGUACAAUCUGCCUCCAGCAUACUGAAUAACGGAACGGUUUGAAGAUGUCCUCAGUGGUUUUGUCUGAGGUCUGUGAGGUGCCACUCAAAGACCUGCCCUUGGACAACUGGAUGGCACACCUACCCAAUGCAUUGUGGGACAUACCACUCUGUAACCUAUCCAUCCCAGGGAGUCAUAAUGCGAUAACCUACUGCCUUGAUAAGAAUGACCGGUCCCCAGUGGACCUUACCCAGCCUGAUGUGCUACAGAAACUGGACAAGUACAUGAAGCCUCUGAUUCGCCCUUUUGUUUACAAAUGGGCAAUUGCACAGGAGUGUACUGUGAAGGAGCAGCUUGAUGGUGGAGUCAGAUACUGUGACCUUAGGAUAGCCCAUCGGCCAAACGACAGCUCUACUGACCUGUACUUCUAUCAUGGAGUGUACACCACAAUUACAGUAGAGACGGUGCUGAAGGAGAUAAGAGAAUGGCUGGAUGCUCACCCCCGCGAGGUCGUCAUCUUGUCCUUCAGUCACUUCCUGGGUCUGAGCCAAGAGCUCCACAACAUACUCAUUUCCACCAUCAAGAAUGUAUUUGCUGCAAAGUUGUGUCUAAAAUCGGUGCCAGUGACCUUGCGCAACCUAUGGAGUAAAGGAUUUCAGGUCAUAAUUUCUUACGAGCACAAUGUAGUUAACUGCCACAGCGAGCUGUGGUCCCACAUUCCCUACUGGUGGGCCAACAAGUCCAAAGCUGAGGCCCUCAUAGAAGAGUUUGAGCGACGGAAGCAGAGUGGCAGGCCAGCUGGAUUUUUUGUCACAGGUAUCAAUCUCACCGAGGACUUGAAGUAUAUCUGUUCCCAUCCAACUGAAUCUCUGAAGGACAUGGUCAUGUCCACUUACCCAACACUGUUGGCCUGGGUCAAGGAGCAGAGACCUGGCUCCAACACAGGAUCAAUCAAUAUCAUUGCUGGGGACUUUGUGACUGAGAGCCAGUUUGUACCAACUGUCAUUGCACUGAAUGAAAAGCUCCUGAAACGGACCUCAUAAUAUUUUUUUUAAAUUAUUAUUAUUAUUUUGGUCAUAACAAUUUGCACAAUGUAUUGUUUUUUUCUUUUUUUAAGUAAGCAUGAAACAGCGAAUGUGACUUAGUUUUUUGAAUCAAUAUUUACUUCAGGCAUUUUGACAGGAUUUGAUAGGAUGUAUUUGCACACUUAAAAUGCUGAUGUUUUUUCUGGGUUACAAUGGAAAUGAUGCACUGAUCUUUUUAUUACAUACUUAGGUGUCAGUAUAAUCUUACUGUUAAUGCAAUGUCUUAAUUUUUAAUUCUGAACUUUAGGAAAUCUGAUUAGGUCAAUUUUCCCUUUCUGAAUGGAUUUGAUAUUUUCCAAUCUCAUACACAUCAGUGAUGCCCUUACAGAUUUGAUGUGUGACAGUAGAAUAGAUAAGCUGAUUCAUUUUGAAGCACAACACAUAUCCAUUGGUUAGUAGUAGCACAGAAACUUUAUAGAGCACAGAAAAACUGUAUGUCAUGGGGUUAGCAUGAAAGUCCAAAAAUAGUCACAGACAUCACAACCUGUAUAACCCUUAUAUAUGCAAACUCACAGAUAUUACAUGGUACCAAAUACCAAUAUAUUUAGGUGUAGGAAUACAAUAUACUGCUUCUUUUGGAUGCAUGCUAUCAGUGGUAUGACUCCUGGCAUGAGGUAUUUUUUAUACAACUCAACUGCAACUGUUCCACAUUAACCAGUCAAGAAAGCUUGGGCUUUAAGUCAGCAGGACUUAAGUGAAUGAUAUUGUGGAGAUUAUGCACCCUUCCAGCAAAAAGAAGGGAACAAAAAAUAUAAAGAAUGUUUCAAAAGGUCUUAAAUAAAAGGAACUAAAACUACAACAAA